AUAUAUGUACAUCUUUAAAUACUUGCCAGUUUGAGAAAAAGCAACAUGGGAGACGGGUGUUGUACGGGGUUCGCCAGGUGUAUUCUUGUGGUUUUCAACAUAAUAUUUGUGCUUUCUGGAGGUGGCAUCCUUGGCGCAGGAAUUUGGCUGAAAGUAGAUCCCGACUCUGUGAAUAUACAGAAGUUAAUUUCAGUGGACAGUCAUGAUCAAGCAAUUUCUUCCACAGCCUAUGUUCUUAUUGGGUUCGGGAGUGUCGUUUUCUUAGUGGGCUUCCUAGGGUGUCUUGGGGGAUGUAAGCAGUGGAAAUGGGCCCUGGCUUUGUAUAUUUUCUUUCUCGUCAUUAUAUUCAUUGGUGAGUUUUCUGGAGGUAUAAUGGCAGCAGUAUACAAAUCCAAGGUGACUGAUGAACUCAGUAAAACACUAAAAAAAUCGGUUGCAGAAUACAAGAACAGCUCCCUAAUAAGACAGGCCUGGGACGAUGUACAGAAAACGAUCCAUUGCUGUGGAGUAGAUAGCUACAAAGAUUACGUCAAUGUUACACAUUUUAACGCCACUGUGCCUGUUCCGGAUUCCUGUUGUCAUGACAACAUUAUAAACUGUAGAAAAGAGGCCAUGCCCGGUAAUCCUACUCAAAGCUUCAAAAACCUGUACUCUGAGGGUUGUCUAAAUACCCUACAAGACCAGCUGAAGAGUAAUCUGUCCAUCAUUAUUGGAGUGGCCAUCGGAAUAGCAAUGAUUCAGCUUCUUGGAAUCAUUCUAGCCUGGAAGUCGUGUCGAUCAAAUGACGUGGAUGACGUAGUCUAGUGAACAACAGGAGAAAAUAUCCGUCUCAAAAUGAUUUAGGGAAAAUUAAUUUUAAAAACAUCGUAUUGUUAUCAUGAAAAUGCAUGUAUCAUACCAUGGAGCCUAUAAUUCAUGUACAUAUACAUUUUUUAAAUAAAUAUUUCUAAUCCUUUGUUAUUGAAGGAAUUUAGAACCAUGAUUUUGUCGUCAAUUUUAAUUGCAAUCAAAAUGAUCCCUUCAGGGACAAUAUUUAUCAAAUGCAUGUACAACAUAUAGGACAGUUUUGGAGAUUCCGAUUUUUUUUUUGUUCAUCUGUUUCUUUGAAGUUUAUGUUAAUUGUCAUGUACUAAAUGUAUUUUACGAGAUGAUAUAUUUGAAUAAAUCAUUUUAAAAAAUU